AUGGGCAAGAAGAGACGAGGUCCCUCUCUCGAGGAGAUCCUAGAGCGACCAUGGUGCUACUAUUGUGAACGUGACUUUGACGACUUGAAGAUUCUCAUUUCCCACCAAAAGGCCAAGCAUUUCAAGUGUGAGAGAUGUGGUCGCCGGCUCAAUACCGCUGGAGGUCUUUCUGUGCAUCUGAGUCAAGUUCACAAAGAGCAGCUCACCGAGGUUGACAACGCGCUACCCAACCGUAUGGGCCUUGAAGUUGAGAUCUUUGGCAUGGAAGGUAUUCCUGAUGAAGUCCUCAAGUCUCACCAGCAGCGCGUCGCAACUCAAUUCCAGCAAGAAGAACUGCAGCGCCAGGCUGAUACCGGCAACCCUCCCGCUGGCAGUGCUGCUAGCGGCCAACCGGCAAAGAAGCCUAAGAUCGAAGCCACAUCUGACUUGAAGAAGCGAUUGGCAGAGCACAAAGCCAAGCGCGCAGCGCAGGCACUUGGCGGAGCCAGCAGCGGCGACGUCACCCCCACCGGCGCUACUCAGACCCCCCACGGGUGCUGGCCAGACCGCUCAAUCCACUCCGACACCCGGAUAUGCCCAACCCCAGCCCGCAGCUGUCCCGCCUCAGGCUUACUCUUACCCUCAGCCCUAUGGCGGCAGUGCCGCUGCAGCCGCUCCCCCUUUCCCGCAGACUGCCAGUCCUGGUUAUUCGACUUACUCUCCUGUCGGUGGAGCACAGUUGCCCAGCGCUUCACCCUACACCCCGACCGGAUACCCCCAGGCUUAUCCCGCCGGGCUGCCUGCGCAGCCCCCAGUCUCGUAUGGAGCUCCUCCUUCAUUUACUCAGCAACCCACACCCCCGAGCACAAGGGCAUGGGAUUGCCAGCGGCUUCGAAUCUACCACAGCGCCCUGCUUUCGCCGCGCCUUCCGUCAACGCGCACCAAAUGCAACAGAUGCACCUGGGGCAGCAGAUGUCGAGUCCCGCCACUCCCGUCUACUCCAACGGUCAAAACACCCCAGCACCCGUUCAAACCCCCAUUGACGACCAGGUUUCAGGCGCACAAGCAACAGCCCAGACAGAAGCCUCCGACAAACCCGCAAAGAAAGAGAAGGCUAAGCCUGCCGUUCGAAUGAUCUACAACCAUGAUACCCUGAGUCCCGAAGAGAAAAUGGCACAGCUGCCUCGCUACGUCUGGACCCCCGAUCACAGCACCGAAACCGUCCUCGGUGACGUCCCCGGUUCCACCAUUGUGGGCGCCAUCCAAGACUCCGACACGGUGGUGGAUCCAGCUAAAUAA